AUGGAUGCAAGUUACGUAAGAGAAUCAAAAAAAGCACGUCCCCUCAACGAGUACAUAUCGCAUUACGAGAAGUUGAGCUACGAUCAUGAGCAUCUGCAUGCUAGUCACAGCCGGGCGAAACGAUCGGUCACCAAAGAUCAUUACGUACACCUUAGCUUUAGCGCACACGAACGAGAUUUUAACAUUAGACUUAAACGCGAUCUCAGCACAAUAAGCGAUAAGUUAGAGAUACACACCGACAAGGGACCGGUACAGGUCGAUUCGUCUCACAUCUACCACGGCGAAUUGGUUGGCGAUCCGAAAAGCUUCGUCUUUGGUUCGAUCUUUGACGGUGUAUUCGAGGGCAAGGUGAUCACCUCCGACCAUGAGUACUAUGUCGAGCGGGCGAAGCACUACUUUCGUGACACGUCCAACCCGGAAACACAUCCGCUGCAUCACAUCGGCGAUGACGAACCGCCGUUCCAUUCGGUGAUUUACAAAGACGAACACGUAGACGAUCCUUACCGGCAUCGAAGGAAAGGACAUCCCUCCGGAUGUGGAGUGCAUGAUGAAGUAUCGGCCUGGAUGGAUCGUGUCCAAAAUUCCGCUGUGGAUGAGAACCAGUAUCAAGAGGAAGAAGUUGAAGACGGUGAGGAGAAAGAGGACGAGGAAACGCAGGAGGAAGCGCAUAAGGAGCCGACGCAGCUGCAUGGAGAAAGCGUAUCCAGUCACCAGCAGCAGCCACUGUCCAACGGGCAGAGAAAACACACUUCAUCAAAUGCUAAAGCAAAGCGGCACUCAACGCCGUCGGAAAAGGAUACGCGAGCCGGCACCGGCAACGACAUUUCCAUCGAGACCGGGUACGAGUUUAAGUACCCGUACGAGAAAUAUUCCAAGGCGGCCAACUGGCGGGCAGCGGGCGAGAGCUUUACCGAUGCCGAGUGGCACUGGAAGGCGCACGACCGGGUUCGAAGAGCGGCCCGGCCAAAGGAGGACUAUCGGAACACCUGCUCGCUGUACAUCCAAACCGAUCCGCUUUUGUGGAGCCAUAUACGAGACAGCAUCGUUAGCCAUCUACACCGAGCACGGCGAGUUGAACUAGAAGACAAGACCCGGGAAGAAAUUUUAUCCUUGAUCAUUCAUCACAUUACUGCCGUUAACUACAUCUAUCGCAACACAAAGUUUGACGGACGAGUGGAGCAUCGUAACAUUCGGUUUGAGGUUCAACGGUUGAAGAUCGACGAUGAUUCAUCGUGUGGCGAAAAUCAUCAGGAGGAUACGAAUCCCCUUUGCUUGGAAAACAUUGACGUUUCAAACUUUCUCAAUCUGCACUCGCUCGGCAAUCACGAGGCGUUCUGUUUGGCGUACGUUUUUACCUACAGAGAUUUCACCGGAGGCACUCUCGGGCUGGCCUGGGUUGCUUCGGCUUCCGGCGCAUCGGGCGGUAUCUGCGAGAAGUAUAAAACGUAUACCGAAACAGUUGGAGGCCUGUACCAAAGUACUAAGCGAUCGCUCAACACGGGUAUCAUUACAUUUGUGAACUACAAUACACGCGUCCCACCAAAAGUCUCACAAUUGACCCUGGCACACGAGAUCGGACACAACUUUGGCUCACCACACGAUUACCCUGCCGAAUGCCGCCCAGGUGGUAACAACGGAAACUUCAUCAUGUUCGCUAGUGCGACGAGUGGAAUUCGAUUGAAUAAUGGCAAGUUUUCCCCUUGCUCGGUGCGCAACAUCUCAAAUGUGCUGGAUGCCAUCGAUGAAAAUAAGAAGCGUAACUGCUUCCAAGCAUCUGAGGGUGCCUUCUGCGGUAACAAGAUCGUCGAGAUCGGAGAGGAAUGUGACUGCGGAUUUAACGAAGAGGAGUGCAUGGACAAGUGUUGCUAUCCUCGUGAAAUGACAGAUGCGAUGAAAAUUGAAAAUUCCACGGCCCAAAGCUGCGGAAGACGAGCGCGAACACAGUGCAGUCCUUCGCAGGGACCAUGCUGUGAUAGCAACACUUGUCGCUUCAUUCCAUCUGAUGCAAAGGUGACGUGCAAGGAGGAGACAGAAUGUUCGUGGGGAUCCACCUGUAACGGGACGACUCCGGAAUGCCCGGAACCAAAACCUCGUGACGACAAGACGAAGUGCAACAACGGUACACAACUGUGCAUCAAGGGAGAAUGUUCAGGUUCGAUAUGUCUGCUCUGGAACAUGACGGAGUGCUUCCUGACAUCCAACAUCAUCCCGAACAUCGAUAAGCGCAAGCUAUGCGAGCUGGCGUGCCAAAAUGGCAACGAUACCAACACUUGCAGGAGUACGAGUGAAUUUGCCCGAGAUUUCGGACUGCCGGACGGUGGUUAUAGCUUGCGACCCGGCUCACCGUGCGAUAACUUCCAGGGUUACUGUGAUGUAUUUCUAAAAUGCCGUGCCGUCGACGCCGAGGGUGCGCUGGUGCGGCUGAAAAAUUUGCUGUUCAACAAGAAGACGCUUCAAACAGUGGCUGAAUGGGCGACAGAGCGAUGGUAUCUGGUCUGCAUGUUCGGUAUCGGCUUCAUCAUUCUGAUGGGCAUUUUCAUAAAGUGCUGCGCGGUACAUACGCCCAGCUCCAACCCAAAGAAGCCGGCAGCAUACCGAAUUUCGGACACGCUGCGCCGUCCGAUGAACACGCUUCGAAUGAUGCGACGACACCAUCACAAUGGGGCAGGACCACGAAGUGUUCCGGUACCCCGUAACGAACGGUCUCGCAGCGCCGGAGACCGUGGUGGAGGAGGCGGAGGUGGAGGACGCGGUGGUGGCGAGCGUAAUGGUGGUCGAGGUGGCGUAAGCCGAACGCGUGAUGGCCACGGAGAAUCUCGCAACGGUAGUGUCCCGGGUGGACAUACCUCCUCCUCAUCUGGUAACAGUCGCCCGUCAAACAGCUCGCGACCGCCAGCUCAUGGGUAUGGCGAAGGCCGUGGCCAACAAUACUACCCACCGAAAGCACCACCAACGCAGAACUAUAGCCGCAUGAGUAACGCGGAGCUGUACGCUGAAGCUUAUCCAGACCGAGGAAUGUACGAGCCGCCAAGGCGUCCGUACGCCAAUAAUAAGGUUUGA